AUGUGCACCACCAGUUCCUGCGACCUGGAGGAGAUCCCCCUGGAUGAUGACGACACAAGCAGCAUAGAAUUCAAAAUCCUGGCCUUCUAUGCCAAACACCAUGUCUUCAAGAACAGCCCCGCGGUCUUCUCGCCAAAGCUGCUGAGAACAAGGAGUUGGUCCCAGAAAGGACUGGGGGGCUGGCCAGCAAACGAGUCACGGACACAGGUGUCGUGGCCUUGCAGAAAUUCCCCAUCCAGCGAGAAGCCCCUAAACCUGGCCAAGAAAAAGUCUUCCUGGAAAACACUCUUUGGAGUAAUAGAGAAGGAGGAAGAUGCACAGAGCUCACCUGUAUUCGUUUUGCAGGGUGCCACAGCACAUCAGGCUGGUCCUCAGAGUCAGCAAUGGUCUAGGUCCCUCACUAACGUAGAGCAGCAUGCCGAGCGGGAAGCUGUGGACCCCAAAGUUGUUUCCAUCACCCAUCGUGUUGCUGAAAUCGUUUAUUCCUGGCCCCCGCCCGAAGAGUUCCAGGCCGAGGGAGGAAGCUCCAAGUCCAAGGGGAAUUUUGUCCAUCAGUUCAUCCAGCGCCAGGGCCAGUGCUCCCAGCCUCGAGCCACCAGUACUAAGAAAGAUGGAGAAGACCAAAUUAUAGCCAAAAUUGUUGAGCUGCUGAAAUAUUCAGGGGAUCAGUUGGAAAGAGAGUUGAAGAAGGACAAGACUUUAAUGAACAGCUUCCAGAACCAGCUAUCCUACCCUGUUUUCAAGACCAUCACAGACCGCUUCUUACGGGGUGUGGACACCAGGGGAGAAUCAGAGGUCACAGCUCGGGGCUUUAAGGCUGCCCUUGCAAUAGACGCCACGGCCAAGCUCACUGCCAUCGACAACCACCCCAUGAACAGGGUGCUGGGUUUUGGAACCAAGUACCUGAAAGACAACUUCUCACCCUGGGUCCAGCAGCAGGGUGGAUGGGAAAAAGUAUUUGGAAUAGCACAUGAAGAGGUAGACUGAAGCAUCAGAAGAGUUGUCGUCUGGAAUACUCAUUAUCCAGCUGGGAUCCUGUCUACACUGGUGUCACCAUGGAGUGUGAGAGGAAAUACAAAUGUGCAAGGCAGAGGGAGCAUUGAAGUUUCCAAAUCAUCAUUCCUGUGAAUCCAGAGGCAUCAGGAGAGGCCUUGUCUCUCUCUAGGUCAUAGAAUGGGUAGUAGCAUGGCCCAUGACAUCCAUGUUUUUCAGGUCCUCCCUUGAGUGUGGGAGGAAGUCUAGGAAGACAAGUGGUAAUUUUCCUUUCAAAUGUUCAGAACAGAAACUGUCAUCUUGCCUCUGUUGGCCAAUUUAGGGAAAUUUUGUUACAGAAAUUUGCUGAUUCCAUGAGGGCAAAAUGAUAAAUCGUGCAUGUGCUUACUCUUUGGUUUCUAGUACUGUUUAUUUUGAAACGACACUUGCGAUGGCCUAAUAAUGGCAUUGUUUCAAUGCCUACCUUUAGGAAAAUGUUGCUAUUCAUGUUGGUAAACAUAGUUCAAAGAGACCCGAGUUCACUGCUAUAUUCACUAGUUUGGGGAGAUAGAGCCAUAUCUGCCUUUUGACUCACUUCCCUAGAAAAAUUCUUUGGCAGUUUGAAAAAGUUGCAUUUGGCAGAAAAUAAUUACUCCUACCACCCUUAACCGUCUCAGUGACCCCACCUCUAUUUCUCAAGGUCUCUGAAACUUUCUUUGUUAUUUUUUCAUGGUAGUGUAAUGAUUAGUCACUGGUAAAAUAAAUAUGUGGAAAAACCACUGUCAAAA